UCCUGUAUACGAAAGCUCAUCGUGGUGGACGUCUGCAGCCAGGUCCUCUUGGGUAUACCCUUCCGCUAAACCAGGAAUUGCUCCGCCUUUGAAAAACAAAAAAAACUCUUAACAGCUGUCUUUAUAGUAUCUGACGAUGUCUGCGAAAGCCUGUCAAGAAACUGUUGAACACUCCGGACGGCUCAAGUUCUUCUCUGCUUUGUUUUACGCCGGCAGUUCGUUUCUUAUAACGGUGGUGAAUAAAACCGUGCUGACGAGUUUCAGGUUUCCCUCCUACAUGUGUCUGGGAAUUGGCCAGAUGAUCACCACUCUUGUUGUACUUUAUGCUGCCAAAAUGAGCAAAACAGUCCAGUUUCAAGAUUUUGACAGAAGUAUUCUCUUAAAAAUUUUCCCUCUUCCUUUGCUGUAUAUCGGGAAUCAUAUAACAGGACUGGCAAGCACCAAGAAACUGAGUUUACCCAUGUUUACAGUAUUACGGAAAUUCACCAUAUUGAUGACAAUGAUCUUGGAAGUAUAUAUACUAAGAAAAACAUUUCCUAAACGCCUUGUGUACAGCGUUUGCGCCAUAGUCCUUGGUGCCAUGGUUGCUGCAAGUUCUGACCUGGCCUUCGAUGCGGAGGGCUAUACUUUCAUCCUGCUUAACGAUGCCUUCACUGCUGCCAGCGGUGUGUACACCAAGAAGAAACUUGGCACUGAGGGCCUUGGGAAGUAUGGCGUAUUAUAUUACAAUGCCCUAACCAUUAUCAUCCCCACUCUCUUGGCAAGUGCAUUUACUGGAGAUUUACACGAGGCAGUCACAUUUGAGGACUGGGUUAAAGCCACAUUUAUUUUUUGUUUCCUCAUGUCCUGCUUCAUGGGGUUUGUGCUGAUGUAUUCCAUAGUCCUGUGCAGCUAUUAUAACUCAGCGCUUACUACCACAGUAGUGGGAGCAAUAAAGAAUGUUGCAGUAGCAUAUAUUGGCAUCUUUGUGGGUGGAGACUACCUGUUCUCUUGGACUAACUUCCUAGGCCUCAGCAUUUGUAUGUCAGGUGGACUAGUGUACUCAUAUCUCACCUUUCACAACAAAACAUCUGGAAGCAACGCAGGAGCACAAGAGCUGAAGAUUCACAUUACAGAAGAUUCAACAGGGAAGUACUCUGCCAACUGAAUGGACAAUAUUUUAGCAUUCACCACUUGGUGUCAUUGUUCUGCUCCAUAUUGGAGCAUAAUAUUGCUUCAUUUAAAAUCAAUGAAUUGAUUUCCCAGGAUACAUUACUGGUGCUACCUGUUUAAUUACACUACUAAAUCAUGACUGGAUAAAUUGACAAGAAGUGCACAUGAAUUCUGGGUCAGGUUCAGUGAAUGUUUAUUGAAAACCAACAGUUAUAUAACAGUGUGGACAGCCUGUCAGAGAAAUCUUACCUUUUGAAAUGUGUAAUAAAAUAUCUACCAAGCAA